CGAGAGGGUGGCGGCAGCUCCCGGCCGCCCGGCGGAGGCUCGCCCGGGCCCCGAGGGGGGCAGCCCCGCUCCCGCGGGCAGGAGCUGCCAGCUGCGGGCACCGGAGCCGGGAGGCGGCGGGGCCUCGCCUCCUGCCAGAGCUGGGACGGGGACACCGGGCGGUGCCGAGGGACCCGCUGGGCACCGCGGGAGGGCCGGGGGCACCGGCGGGCCCGGCCACCGCGGCUGGGGCCGGGGAAGCAUCCACGGGGCACCUCCCGGCGGGAGCUGUACCGGCGGAGGCGCGGGCGGCCCCGUCCCUUCCCCCCCACCCGGGGCCGGUGCGCGCCCAGCUGCUCCCGCCCGGCCCCGCCGCUCCACCGGGCGGUCCCGGGGUGGUCGGCACCGGGGCGGAGCGGAGCGGAGGAGCCGGCACCGGAGACCGACGGCAGCGGCAAGCGCGGGCGCUCGCAGCUCCCGGGCGCUCUCACCGGUGCUGGAGGAGCCCCGCGGCAGCGCCGAGCACCCGGUCGGGGGCCACCGGUCCGGGGACACGGGGCCGCCCCCCCGCUCCCCUCCCCGUGCCAGCGGGAGGAGCGGGGCGGCGGGAAGCGGCUCCUCGCCCGCGGUCCCUCCCCCCGCUCCGGUCCCUCCCCCCCGAGCCGCCACCGCCGCCGCCGCCGCGGCUCCGGCAAAAGUUUUCGCCGGAGCGGCCGAGCGCACCGGUCCCGGUCCCGGCCCCGGCCCCCGCCAGCACCGAGAUGCGCACGGGAUCCGCCGCCAGCGCAGCCCCGACAGGGUCACCCAGGCACCAGGGCCCUCACCCCCAGGGCAGAGGAGCCACUGAGGGCCAGUAGGAAGCCAGGCCCCCCGCUCCCUAUGCAGCUUGUGGCCCAGCGAAGGGAUGUCCCAGCCACGACUCCUCGCCCUCCUUCUGCUGCUGCUCUGCUGCCAGGGCCCCUCCGCCCAGAUCACAGAUUCCCUCUUUGAGAACUGGAAGGCCUACAAAGAGGAAUGCCACCGCAACAUGAGCCGGAUGCCCGCACCCACAGAGCUGGUCUGUAACCGAACCUUUGACAAGUUCUCCUGCUGGCCCGAUGCGCUGCCCAACACCACCAUCAACGUCUCCUGCCCCUGGUUCCUGCCCUGGUACCAGAAAGUGAAGCACAGGUACGUCUUCAAGACUUGCGGGCCAGAUGGGGAGUGGGUGACGGGCCCCAAGGGGCAGUCCCUGCGGGAUGCCACGCAGUGCCAGAUCGACGCCGAGGACCUGGAGGCGCAGGAAAAAUUCGCCAAGACCUACGGCAGCUUCAAGGUGAUGUACACGGUAGGCUACUCGGUGUCGCUGUGCGCGCUGCUGCUCGCCCUGGCCGUGCUGCUGGGCUUCAGCAAGCUGCACUGCAUGAGGAACUACAUCCACAUGAACCUCUUCGCCUCCUUCAUCCUGAAGGGCGUCUCCGUGCUGGUCAUCGACGCCCUGCUCAAGACGCACUACAGCGACAAGAUCGAUGACUACAACGUGCGCAUCUGGCUGAGCGAUGAGGUGAGCGGGGGGCCGAGGGGGGCGCGGGGGCGCGGGCGGUCGGCAGCCCCUGACCCCUGCCUGCAGGCUGCCGCAGGCUGCCGGGCAGCCACAGUCUUCAUGCAGUACGGCACCGUGGCCAACUACUGCUGGCUGCUGGUGGAGGGCAUCUACCUGCACAACCUCCUGGUGGUGGCCGUCUUCUCCGAGCGGAGCUACUUCACCCUCUACCUGUGCAUCGGCUGGGGGGCACCCAUGCUAUUUCUCAUCCCUUGGGUCAUUGUGAAGUUCCUCUAUGAAAACAUCCAGUGCUGGAGCACCAAUAACAACAUGGGCUUCUGGUGGAUCCUUCGCUUCCCUGUGUUCCUGGCCAUCCUGAUCAACUUCUUCAUCUUCAUCCGCAUCAUCCAGAUCCUCGUCUCCAAGCUCCGUGCGCACCAGAUGCGCUACACCGACUACAAGUUCAGGUGGGCGCUGGGUGCAGCCCCGGCCCCACACGCUGUCUGUGCACGGUGCACGUGCUGGUGCGUGUGUGCGUGUGCUCGUGCACAGCCCCUGACCCCGGCGCUGACGCUGGCCCCUCCAAGCAGGCUGGCCAAGUCCACGCUGACGCUGAUCCCGCUGUUGGGCAUCCAUGAGGUUGUCUUCGCCUUUGUCACGGACGAGCACGCCCAGGGCACCCUGCGCUAUGUCAAGCUCUUCUUCGACCUCUUCCUGAGCUCCUUCCAGGGGAUGCUGGUGGCCAUUCUCUACUGCUUCAUCAACAAGGAGGUGCAGUCGGAGCUGCUGAAGAGGUGGCAGCGCUGGAAGCUGGGGAAGGACCUGGCGGAGGAGUACAAGCACACCUACAGCCACGCGCCCAGCGCCCGCAACGGCACCGGCAGCGCCUGCGAGAAGCACCAGCUGGUGAGCGGCUGUGCCAACGGGCUGGGGCGCAGCCCAGCCGCCUCGCGCCCCGGCACCCACUACCUCGAGAGGAGCGGCCACGGCACCGCUGAGCACCUCGCCCUGGGGGACCGGCACCACUGCUAUGAGUUCCCCGAGACCACGGCCGAGAGCCACUUCUGAGCCUGUGGAUGGACCGGGAGGGCUGCACUGGCCCUUCUGCGGCAGACUGAGCCCACUGCGGUGGCUACUGCCUGCCUCCCCGUCCGGCUGACCCUCGGGUGCUGCACGGGGUCCUGCCUGCCCGGUGAGGACGCUGCGACAAGCUGGGGUCGCGCAGGACAGUGGAAGCACCUGGGGCAGGCGAGCGGGGCCUGGACCUCUGUGGGAGGGGGCCAGGGGCUGAGGGGAGAUCUGUGGGGCUGGGGGAUCUGUGGGGGGUGGGGGAGUUCAUCCUGUGGUGCUGCUCUUGUGCGCCUGCGAGACCCUUUGCGCAAUGGUGUAAUUUAUCUGUCGUAAUUGUGUAAAUAGGUGUGGGCCCGUGCCGGGCUGCAGGGCCAGCUCUGAGUGAGCCUCUCUGUCAGGAAGGCGGUGGGGGGACCGGGGACACCGCGGCCCCAGACCGUGCCCCUGAGCACCCACAGGUGAUGGGCACGGCCCUGAGAGCGGGACAGGGCCCAUCGCAGCAGGGAGCUGGGCUGCAGCAGGAGCCGCCGCGCUGCCUGCCCUCCAGCCCCACGCAGGUGAGCGAGGCAGAGCUGAGGGGGCCGUGGGCUGCAGCCCCCCCCCUCACCAGCACAUGUUCUCUGGCUGCUAAUCAGCUCUGUCCUCACACCGCCAGGAGCCCUUAAUUAAAUCAUUUGGAUCUGC